AUGAAACUCAAGCUGUCCACCAAGCCCGUGGAUCCUAAUGCGCCGCCAUCGGUCCCGCCUACACCCUCUGCUGCCACUCCCAGCACUGGCGGCUUCAAACUUAAGAUUAAGAACUCGCAACCACCGACUCCUCAGAACGAAUCCACUCCCUCGCAGCCUCCUCGUACGGAUCAGUCAGUCAUCACUGCUCUACCGAGGAAGAUAAAAAAGCCGAAGCAACCCACCGACGAUGCUACUAAGAAGCGCUCCGCCCAAGAUGACAUCUCGCCCGCCCCCAAACGACCCACGAUCAACACUCAGCUCCCCGCAAAGAAACGCUUCUCCAUUAAGCUCGGAAGCGGAGGAGGUGCAGCACUAGAGUCGGCUUCAUCAACACCAACCUCUGCUCGCAUCAAGCUGUCAGCGAACGCGAGAAAGCAGAGCGCCGGUCCCAAAUCAAUCUCGAUUGUCUCUCGCAAAUAUGUGCCCAAGCGACCCGUCGGUGUUGGCUACGAUUCGGAAGCCAGCGAUGCAGAAGACGAUCCAGCUAUUGAGCAGCAGUGGGUUCUGCGCAUGGAGCCCGGUCCCGAUUGCGACUAUCUCCGCGAAGCCAUCACGAACAAGACACUCGGCGAGAAACCAGAUGCAGGCGGUGCCUAUGUCAACAUCAAGUUCCUGGACAAGGAUCUACGACGUGCCAUGGUGACGGUCAAUAAGACAAACUAUGCCGCUGUAAUGGUUGAUCUGCCUUGUAUCAUCGAAGGAAUGAAGAGUUGGGACAAGAGAGGAUGGUGGAAGGUUGCCGACAUCUGCCAGAUGCUGCUAGUUUUGGGUCCCACCGAAGGCGAAACGACAGCCAAGUACGCUCCUCUACCGCGCGAAGUUGAUAAGAACACAUUCGCCUAUGCACACGGAUUGACGCCUCCAAUGCACUGGGUGCGUAAGAGGCGCUUCAGACAACGCGCCAGCUAUAAGUCUGUUGAACACGUUGAUGAUGAAGUGGAGCGUUUGAUCAAAGCAGACGAACUAUGCGAGAAAGCUGGGGGUACCGUCAAGUACGACAUUGUCGACAACGAUGCACCCGAUCCGCAAGACCAAGGAGACCAAGACAUGGACUACUACGACGAUGACGACCCGACCGAUUAUAGAACAACGACCGAGGACGCCUACGGACAAGCCUACACAACAGAGCCCAUGCAAGAGGAAGAAGACGACGAAGAUCUGGAGGGUAUGCUGGGAGCUGCUCUAUUCGACGAAGACAUGACCGACGCACCGCCGUUACCACCUGCAGAUGCAGCAGCCUCGAUGAGCGCUGUGCAAACCACCAUGGCAGAAGCAGAACCAGAAACCGAGGCGCCAACACCAGCCGCGUCUGCCGAAACUCCUGCCCCAGUCCAAGAGGCUUCCAGCGACGAGGACGACGAUUCCGAAGAAUCCGAUGAAGACGAAGAUGAAGGUCCAGACGCCAUUGAUGAGGAAAUGGUCGCAGAGCAGGCUGUACAGGCCCAAGUCCGCGAGGAAAUCGAGGACUUGGAGAGGGAGGUCGCAAACGCGCGCGCUAACGUCGAGCGCUCUAUGAAUCCCAUGCUCAGGCAGCGUAACAUCAACAAGCUGCAAAGUCUGGAGAGCGAACUCGCCAUGAAGCGCAGGAACUUUGGCAUGGAGGUUGAUGACGACGAAGACAAUGCCGAGUAA